CCGCUCCAGCUCCGUAUCGGUACUGCCAGGUUUGGAGUGCAAAACAUUCCUCAAAAUGAUAUCGAGAACUACUGCAGGUGUUGUGGCUGGUGUGGCGGGAACGUUGUUCAUCGGUUACUGUAUUUAUUUCGAUCGAAAGAGAAGGAGCGAUCCAUUAUUCCGCCAAAAGCUGAAAGAAAGAAGAAGGUUGAGAGGAGAGCAAAGUUCAAAAACGAGUAGUGGAAGUUCAGGAGAGGGACAAAAACUAGAGAUUCCAGAUUUGAAGGAUGCUGAAGCUGUUCAGAGUUUCUUCUUACAGCAAGUUCAACGUGGAGAGCAAUUACUUGCAGAAGGUGAUUUUGAGAAUGGGGUUGAGCAUCUGAGUAAUGCUGUAGCAGUAUGUGGCCAACCUCAGCAGUUAUUACAAGUUCUCCAUCAGACUCUACCGGCACCAGUCUUCCAGCUCUUGGUUCAUAAACUACCUGCGACCAGCAAGAAAAUUGCUGCUUUGAGUGAAGCAAGGAGUUCUUCAUCAGGGGCUACAGUGAAGGAAUUGGACGACUUGGAAUGAAUUUCAGUUGCCCCCUGAAAUCAAAGAGUGAUUAACAUCAACAUAAAUUUAUAGAAUUACAUGUAAACUGUUAUUAAAUAAAGUCUGUCUGGAGCUGAAAGGCCAGCUUCUUUGAUGAGGAACUUAAAAAGUCUACAUUCAUGAGAUAAAAGUUCUUUUUUGAGCCCUCUGUGUAUGGGAUGGACUAUGCAUCUGUCAUCAUUGACACCUGACAACAAGAGGCAAAUUUGAUCAUUGCUAUGCACCAUAGUAACUUCUGUUCAGCUCUUUGUGGUCAGUCAUCUGUUGGUUCUGUCACAUUUGCUUAAUGUUGUAUUUGUACACUGAUUAUUUGCAUCGAGGAUCAUCAUGAACAAUAUCAUCCAUGAAAUAAGUUUCAUAACAGCUAAACAUUGUAUUACUCAAGACCCAUGAAUUGCUUUUUGUUAAAAAGUGAGCAAAAAUAUUUAGAUCCUUUCCAGAGAAAAUAAACACUUGUAAUGAAGAUUUUGACGCUUGUUUUUCUUGAUUUACAUGUCUAUGAACUUGAACAAAUACAUGUACAUGUAUGGUAGUUUUUCGAAAGGUCAGUUUGUUGUAAGACCCUAAAAUCACUUAUGGCAUAGUCACAUGUCCCCUACGGCGGCCGCACAGCAAGUCAAUAACAGCUGUUGUAACAUAUUUUGUACCAGCUACAUAGGGUAGGUGGUUUGAAUAAGAAUGUAGGGGUAAUGUGUCUGCAGCUUUAGGUGCGUUUUCUCCACCUCCUUGAAUUGUACUAGCCAGAGACUGAUGAGUAUUGUAUUGGAUUACUUUAUUGACCUGAUUGAUCAUAAACAGAUAUUGUAGCCAUGUGCUUCAUUCCAUUGUAUAUUAAUGAAUCACAGGUGAGAAGAGUUUGGCUGCCCUCCUGCCAUGGUGUAUAUAUCCUGUAUGGAAAUGUUCCCUGAAAAGAAAAAUCAGAAGGUGCAUUCAUUUCUGAUGUGAAAAGGAGUCUUCAGCAAUGUAUGGUCUAUUGUUAUUUGACUAAUAGGUUAUACGGGUAAUCCAUAAAGGGGCUAACAAAGCUUACUAGGUAAUACUAGCGUCAAGUUCUCAAUGAAUUGCAGAUAGCAUGGGUGUACCAACAUGAUUCAAAGUAUAUUUUUGUUUUUUUCUAUGGGAGCUCUAUAGAGUAGCCAAGAAUGUGACAUUUAGAACGACUGAUGAACCUUUCAUGCGCGCUUAACCAUCACCAAUGAAUAUACCAUUUUCAACAAGAAAGGAUCUCCAGUCGUUCUUAUUACAGUUUUAUGAAAUGCCCAUCAGGAAAAUACACUUUGAAUACGUUAUUUCUUUUAUCUCUACGUAAAAUUUCUUACUUUAGUCUUUACUUUAGUGUGAUAUCACACAUUGGUGUACAUCAUGCCUUCAUCUCAUUGUUGAUUUAUAGAAGCUGUUGAAAAAGGGGAUAACUCCAGGGUUGAUGUAUAAUGGAUCCAUGAUACACUGUAUACACCAAAUAUUUUGCAUACAUAUUAUGUCAUGAUUUGCUUUGAGAGAUACGAGAAUUCAGGCUAUUUUUCAUGAUUUUUAUUGGGAUUUAUCACACUGUCAACAUGAAGUAAUCAAAUUCAAAGGUCCAGAUGUCAUAAAAAUGUUGUAAAAUCAUUGACAGGACUUCCUGAAUAUUCAGUGUAUACAGCAUACUUUUCAUGCCAUUGUAUUAUUUACUUUUUAUAAGCCAUUGUGGUAAAGCUGUACUAUAUUUAUUCCUUGAUACUCACUGGAGCAAUGUACAGUCAUACUUACUUUGUGAUUUAAUAAUGUACAGUGAAACAUUGGAGAGAAAGAUUAUACUGUUACUACAGUGGUCUUUUUUUAUGACUUAAAUAUAAAUACCUGUCAUCAGGAAACUAUA